UGGUGGUUGGGAGUAUUUAGGGCUUUUACCGUUCUUGUACAGCAAACUGAAAAUAUUUAUAUCUUUUAUGAUACUCAUUUUGUGCACACACACACACACACGCUUGUAUAUAUAUAAAUGGAAACAAUAUAUCAUUUACAGGAUCUAAUCCAACUAAUUGGAGGUUAAACUCGCUAUCUUUAGCCUAUUCAAGCAUUCGGUGUUCCUUCCUCGCCCAUCAGAUAGGUAUGCUGUCCGUUUGUCGCCUCUGGGGCUCCGUACCUCCUGAAGGAGCAACACCUUUUCCUCCAGAGAGUUUAAAAGCAUGCACGCGCGGCGCCUCCAUGCUUUUCACGGAGCAGGUUAGCUCGCGCUGUGAAUUACCAUGGUGACACACCCGCCUGCAUAAAAGCCUCGGUGCACACAUCUCACUUUGUGAGUCCGGAUUUUAGCCGUGACAACAUCGUCAGAAACAGCUCAAUGGCUCUGAACUCCUCUGAAGACAACCGGACCAUCUCUGCCUUCACCUCCAAACUGACCCCAGCGGCUGACAUAUGUGUUGGACUGGUCAUCCUCUCCGUCGUUCUGCUCUCUGUUCUGGGAAAUGGGCUGGUUCUGGUGAUUUGUUACCGCAGGAGGAAGAAGAUGGUGGGCUCAGAGCUGCUGUGCGUCAACCUGGCCGUGGUCGACUUCCUCUGCUGCAUCUGCUUCUACCCGCUCUCCAUCCUGUCCUCUUUCCACCACGGUUGGCUGGGAGAAAACAUCACAUGUGUUUAUUACGGCCUCGGCUGCUACAUCUUUGGCCUGUGUGGCAUGUUCACCAUCGCCGCCAUCAGCAUGAUCCGCUACCUGAAGACCUGCCACAGAUCGGUUUACGCUGUGUGGCUGAAAGGAGCUAACAUCAACAUAGUGUGCUGUUCCACCUGGCUCAUCGCUGCUGUGUGGUCCAGCUUCCCUCUGUUUGGCUGGGGCAAGUACGUCCCUGAGCCGUACGGACUGUCCUGCACUGUCGCCUGGAGGGGUUAUCAUACCUCAGCCAAGGAUGCCUUCUACGUCAUCUGCUCCUUCGCCUGCUUCACAAUGGUUCCUAUCCUCCUCAUCGUGGUGUCCCAGUGUCAGAUCCUCUACAAGGUGUCUCGCUUCUCCCACUUGCUGUCUGCGAGACACAUCUGCAACAACCGGCGAUACGCUGAAAAACAACUCUCCGUGAUGUUUUUCUGCAUCAGCCUGGGUUUUGUAAUUGCCUGGGCGCCGUACACUAUUGUGUCAUUCCUCUUCAUUUUCCACAAGGGGAGCCAGUACAUGGCUCCUGAGGGCUUUGUGUUCCCCGCCCUCUUCGCCAAAAGCUCCCACAUCUACAACCCGUUCAUCUACUUUUACUUUAACAAGCCUUUCCAAAAGGAGCUUCGCUGCCUGCUCCUCUCUUUCUGGCCCAAGUUGGGAGGAAACCAAGUGGGCGUUGACAUUGCUGAAGUCCACCAAUAUCCCAUCCACAUUCAGCUCCAGGAAAGAGGCUGCGUCCAAAAGAAGAAUGUUGAUUUAUCUCGGGUCAUAACUCACAGCAAGAGCAAGGGCAAAGGCAAGAAAAAGACGCACGCCAACAGCAAUCAUGUCCUGAGCAGGCCGGUGACAGCGAAGAAUGCCCCCACCAUCUUGGACAAUAAACCUGCCAAAGGCUCCCUGUUUGUCUCUCUAUGAACUCUGACUGUCAGUGUUGAUACAGAGACAGGUAUGGUGGCCCGAAGGUCAAAACACAAAAACAUUUCACAAAACAUUUUAGAAAACAAAACAACAGUUCACAAAACACAACAGCAAAGAACAAAACGACAUUUGGUGAGACCCAAACCGGAAAAGGUAGGUAUGUAUUGGACAAUGAUUCCUUGUUGCUGAUUGGAUGCCCUGGCUGUCAGUCUGUGACAAACGGAAAUUCUUCUUCUUCUUUUGGAUUUAAGGCAGACUGGUGCCCUGAAGUAGUCCUGGCAAACUCGAU